AUGCCGACCUACAUGCUGAAAAAUCUUCCACAGGAGCAUGAUCCCCAGGCCAGUCUCGAUCAUGAACAGUUCCACGACCGACUGACAAAUCCCACAGACACUCCAUCUACAAAUCACUCUAUAUGUCCUGCACUGUGCACAACUAAAUGCAUGCCUGUACACACAUGUCAGAGUCAUCAUGCCUACGAUGAAAGCUGGGAGGAGAUCCAAAGCAAGAGAACCAUCAGAGCGGAAAACGAAGUAGAAGCAAACAAACUAGUCAACAACUAUAGGUUUGGUUUCAGAAAGUGGAAGAGCCACGUGACGGAGCGUCCAUUUGAAGUCAGGUCAGAGGUUGUGAAAGAGCUCUACUCUGAACUGAACGUCAUCAAACCAUAUUCAGGUCAUCUCAUCACUUGUGGUAACGUAGCAUAUGUGCUUCUCUUCGGUUGGUGGAUCUCUCUGGCCUAUUUCCUGAUUGGCCUCUUUAUGUUCAUCACUAUCACUGGUGUACCCUAUGGCAAGCUUUGCUUGAAGUUGUCCUGCUACUUCCUGUGGCCCUUCGGCAAGUCAAUCCAUGAGAUUGGAAAAACAUUGAGGAUAUGUUGUGAGCAAGCGCCAGACUGUGAGUGUGACUUGGAGCGGACGGAAGAUGACUCCCCAGUCCUGCUGCCGUCCCCCACAGACGGGCCGGUCCCAGAGCUGCCAGGACGACCUCUCCACACUCCCUACUGGCAUCGCUUCUCCACCUAUGUGUGGCUGCUGCUGGGAUAUCCUCCUCUAGUUGUAAUCCACUCCCUGGCCUGCUUCAUCUCCUGGAUCCUGGUCUUCACCAUCCCUGUUAGCAAGAUGAACGCACGGACACUGGGCGUCAUCCUUCUCCUGGCUCCUGAGGACGUCUCUGUCACCUCCUCCACACAGAGGAAGCAUCAAAUCUAUGAGACCAGAGCACUGCUGUGCUGCUACCAGGCGACAAACUGGUACUACUACAAGUACACUGUUGAUGGGAUCAAUGUGUUCGCUGUCAACCUCCUGCCUCUGGUAAUAGUUGCCAUUGUGAUUGGAUAUAUUGACAGAGAAAACAAGUAUGCCAGCUCUGACGUCAAGUUUGCCAUAGCAAUCUGCUCCAUCAUACCUCUGUCUUAUUAUAUCGGUAUGGGCAUUGCCAGUAUCUCAGCUCAGAGUAACUUUGCAGUGGGUGCGGUAGUGAACGCCACCUUCGGCUCCAUCACAGAGUUGACCUUCUACAUCACAGCCUUGCUCAGAGGUCACCGGGCAGCCAACCCGUGUCUGCAGGAGGUCGUCAAAGCGGCGCUGACUGGCACUUUGCUUGGCUGCAUCCUCUUCAUCCCUGGCGUCUGCAUGAUAAUCGGAGGACUGAAACACAGUGAGCAAAGAUUCAACAGUCGCUCUACAGGAGUGAGCGCUGCGUUGCUUUUCAUCUCUGUAGGAGGUGUGUUUGCCCCCACGCUGUUCUCCAAGGCUUAUGGAAGUCUGGUGUGCGACUCCUGCACCAACUCCUCUGGAGGAAACAGCAGCGGGGCGUUUGUCUGUCACAACUGCCACUACGACCUGAACAAUGGUACACUGUUCCGCAACCAUGUGGAGUAAGAUAUAUUUUUUAAGUCUUGUUUCAUAACAUCUCUUCUUGUUGGUGCAUUUAAAACCCUGACACCAUUAACAUUUCCACAAUGUCCGUGUUUGCUUGUUUUUUGCCACA